AUGACUGAUUCAUUUUAUCGGAACAUUAUACAUGUAUAUAGUGACGAUGAAGCUGGCAAAAUUGAUAACCAUUGUGAUGGAAAUGGUGCCGAUGAUAAAGAUAAAGGGACGAUAGAACAUCAAGACGAUGAUGACAGAAUAGAUGCGUCCUACUGGAAUGCUAGAGGUCGCGCCGCGCUGGAGGAGGCGCUCCAAAACCAGAGACUCAACCUCAAUAUCGCCAAGAACAUCAUCUUCUUCCUCGGCGACGGCCUCGACGUCACGACGACGACGGCAGCGAGGAUACGAAAGGGUCAGCUCGCCGGCGGUUUGGGCGAGGAAGCAUCGCUGCAUUUUGAAAGUUUUCCACAUGUAGGGCUAGUUAAGACUUAUAAUACAGACCGCCAGGUCCCCGAUUCGGCGGGAACAGCAACAGCAUAUCUUUGUGGGGUGAAAAGUAAAUUUGGAACUCUUGGAGUCGAUGAUCGUGUGGAAAGGGGAAAGUGUUCGUCGAUAGAGGGAGCUGCAGUCGAUUCGAUUUUAAUAGAUUCAAUGAAAGCUGGAAAGAGUACCGGAUUCGUCACCACGGCUCGGGUCACCCACGCCUCGCCAGCCGCGCUCUAUGCUCACACCCCAGAUCGUAGGUGGGAGAAUGACAAGGAUCUCGAUGAAAGUGACGUCAGAGAAGGCUGUAAGGACAUCGCCCUCCAGCUCAUCGAACACGGCAAGACCAUGAACGUUAUCAUGGGCGGUGGUCGUCGCGAGCUCACGCCACGCAACGUGGAAGAUCCCGAAUACGAUGGCGACUACGGACAGCGUCGCGAUGGUCGUAAUCUCAUCGAAGACUGGCUCAAAGACAAAGAUUCCAUGAGGUCCCAUUACGUCUGGAACCUUGGCGACUUCGACUCAGUCAAUCCGGAGACUACCGACCAUCUUAUCGGUCUGUUCCAGCCAUCGCAUAUGAAAUACGAAGCGGAUCGGAGGUGGGACAGGGCCGGGGAACCGUCCCUUGCUCAGAUGACAGAGAAGGCUAUCAAAAUACUUCAACGGACGAGCGAUAACGGAUUCUUCCUUUUUGUCGAAGCUGGUCGAAUCGACCACGGCCACCACGACGGGAUGGCUCGAGACGCCUUGACAGAGACCCUUUCCAUGGACGACGCCAUCGGGGUUGCACUUCGUCUUACAAGCUCAGAAGAUACGCUGAUCGUAUCUACUGCUGACCACGCCCACGUGAUGACGAUGGCGGGCUACCCAUCAAGGGGAAAUCCAAUUCUCGGGGGAGAGGCCGCCGAAUUGAUGUUCGACAUAUGGGGAGCCGAAUUAAUGUUCAACCUAGAUGGGUCGGGCGCCAAAUUGAUGUUCAACCUAGGGGCGAGGAAUUGA